UUUCGAGCGGUGAACGUCGUUCCCUUCGGUUCCCCUUUUGGGUGUACGUUCUCACGGCGAUCCUACGACUCGAACGCAACCGUUUUCUCUCGCGAUAUACAAUUAGGACUUCACCUUCGUUGUCGCAUCGUAGCUUGAGCUUUGACUUUGGUGCAAGCAACGAGAGUCAAGUUACAGAGGACGCGCUGAUACACAGCGGGAACUGUUGUACGCACACUACAGUCGAAGGGUAGGCAACGUUGAUAUACUGCAGUUCACGAUGACGUCGGGGAGGGAAAUCUACGGUGCGUUCAGUCUAAUCGUGGACGACGUCGACUCCCACUCGAUAUCGAGCGAAAAUUCGGAUAUAGACGGUUUGUCGAACGACAACAGCGCCCAGAAUUCCUCGUCCGAGACACCGAUGGACAGCCCGGCUGGCCCGAGGGAGAGGAUCAAGCAGAUGCAAGUGGAGGCCGAAACCAGGAGAGAUGAGUUCGCGAGGUUGCUCGAGGAGCACGCGCAAGUCGUGAGGAUGCUAAAGAUGAUGGAGGCCGAGGAGUAGCCCUCGCCGAGCGUGAACGACGUUCUGGGAGCUACGCACGCGUGAUUCCAUCCCUGAUCAAAGGCUGAACCGUCGUGGGUAGAGUUUGGACCAGUAUCACCGCUGCUUCUCGCGAUACGCAACCAAUUUCUUUCGAAUCUAACCGGUGAAUUGAACAGCUUUUUGGAAAGGAAUCGUGCACAGAGCACAGAAAUACAACUUGUUCGACGUAAAUGCCCUCCUCCCCCCUCCCCCUACCGUAAUACGUCGCUCGAGGCGCACGCGAGAAGACGAUACGUCGACAUAACCCCACACCCAUCGUAUUUUUCGUGACGCCUGGGCCCGCCAUAGCCGACUCUGUCACCCGCCGAGCGCUCUGAUUUUCUCAACGUAAAGCCUGAAUUUAUUCGAAUCGCACCACCUUCUUGGUUAACGCAGUGAAAAGCGUUGCUGAUCGAAACUGGGUGUGUCAAUGGACCCCGUUCACUGUUUGAAUUUUAUUGAACGUUCUUUUAUUUUUUUUUUAGUUUGGCGCCAAAGAAAUGUUUGCGUGCACACAAGCUUUAGCAAAUUCGUUUCUUUCGCUGCGAUCAGUUUUUCAGGGGAACUGAUCCUCUUUUGGUUUUAGCAGGAAGUCUGAAAUACUUCUAGUUGUACGACAAUAAUGAGGAACACUUGGCGUACGUUCGUGAAAUCCCCGGGACAAAAGAACUAACGUGUUUCAUGUAUGUGUAUAUAUAUGUAUAGUAUAUAUGCUGGCCUAAGCGUAGUACAAACUUUUCAGAAAUGAAUAAGAGGACUUGUCGUCGUCAUCAUCGUCGGCACCACACUCUUCUGUAGAAUAUCGUCGUUCACGCUUUUCAGAUAAAGCGUUGCGCGAUCGUGAAUGUCUAGGAAAAUCUCGACGAGGUACAAGCUUGUACGUUUUAUAGCGUUGUAUAUUUGAGUGUUCCAUACGUAUAAGUUAGUUUUAUAUAUACCCUAAGCGUACGUACGAUAGCAAAUUAUUCUAAGCCUUAUGGGAAUAUACGUAGAGCUUUUUGUAAACGAAUUUCUUUUUCAUCAUACGUUACGUAAACGUUUUAUCGGGAAAAGUCGUGCAACUUUUUAUUGCAGACCGACAGAAAUCAUCAAUGAAAAUAGUUGGAUUUCGUCGUGUUUCGCGGAAAGUAGGACCAAUAAGUGAAAAGUACGAUCCUUCUGGCCUCUACGAGCAUAUUCCUUUGGGUUUAUAAUGUACGUAAAAUAGGUAUUAUUAGGCAUUUAUAGGAAUAUACACAUAUACAAAUGUAUAAAAAUGUAUAAGUACAGACUUGUGUUAUAAUGUUACUAUUAAACUGUACAA